CAGCGACGCGAAGCAGACAGGGUGAGGGGUCUGAGGCUAAGUGUGCAGACGUGGAAAAUUAUAGUCUUGUGCUGCGCACUGAGACCAGGAACCUACAGUUUGUAUGCAUGUAUUGACCACAAACAUUUGUUAUGCUUUUUACUUUUGACAUAAGCGACCAGCAACAGAAAAAAUCCCCAAAUGCGUGCUAAAAUAGACGAAUGAAAAUUAAGCGACUGGUAAGCCCAAUUCCGCUAGUUUUAAGCGGAACUGACAUCCCUGCUUUGGUUACGUCGCCCGGAAAUGUACGUGAAGAAACUGGCGGCAGAUGCAAAUUGUGUAGUGAAAGUUUUGACACGGACGGAUUUUCAUAACAUUAAACAAAUAAUAAUAGUCGGGUCCUGGUGAAUGUAUCUAAUUUAAACAAAUCCGGUUCAAGAUGCUUUUAAAUUCAGACCAGGUUGCCUUCAUAGGGCAGGUGUUUGAAUCAUAUGUGAUUGAACAUCACAAAAGCAAUGUCCUCCAGAUUCUACAGGAACCAGAUGACGAUGCGCACUAUGCAGUUGUGGUGAAUGCCAUGACCCUUUUUGAGACCAACAUGGAGGUUGGAGAAUACUUCAAUGCGUUUCCGAAUGAAGUGCUCCCCGUUUUUGAUAAUGGUUUACGUAGAGCUGCCAUGGCUGUUUUGCAGUCUGUUUCCAAUCAAAGUGGCCACUCAAUGAAACAAAAUCUCCAUGCUAGAAUAUCAGCUUUACCGGUUUGCCCUGAGUUGACGAGGGAGCACAUACCUAAAUCCAGAGACGUAGGACACUUCCUGUCCGUCACUGGCACAGUCAUACGCACCGGCAUGACGAAGGUGCUGGAGUUUGAGCGGGACUACAUAUGUAAUAAGUGCAAGCUUGUCUUCUGCGUGAAAGCAGACUUCGAACAGUAUUACACUUUCAGCCAGCCCGUGUACUGCCCCAAUGAGGAAGGCUGUAACUCCUCCAAAUUCACCUGCCUGUCAGCAAGCUCUUCCACACCUGCCACCUGCAGGGACUACCAGGAAAUCAAGAUUCAAGAGCAGGUUCAGAGGCUGUCUGUCGGAAGUAUUCCACGGUCUAUGAUGGCAGUACUGGAAGACGAUUUAGUGGACAGUUGCAAGUCUGGAGACGAUGUUACAGUGUAUGGCGUUGUGAUGCAGCGAUGGAAGCCCCUCCAUCAAGAUACACGCUGUAACCUGGAGAUAGUUUUAAAAGCCAACUUCAUUGAAGUUAAUAAUGAACAGCCUACAGGUGUGGUUAUUAAUGAGGAAGUUCAGAAAGAAUUUGAAGACUUCUGGGAUAAAUACAAAAAUAAUCCUUUAGCAGGUAGGAAUAAAAUUCUGAUGAGCCUAUGUCCCCAGGUUUUCGGCAUGUAUGUUGUAAAGCUUGCUGUUGCCAUGGUGUUGUCAGGAGGUGUACAAAGAAUUGAUGCAUCUGGAAGUAAGGUCAGAGGUGAGUCCCACCUUUUACUAGUGGGAGACCCUGGAACUGGAAAGUCUCAGUUUUUGAAAUAUGCUGCAAAGAUUACUCCUCGGUCAGUCCUUACUGCUGGGAUUGGAUCCACCAGUGCAGGGUUGACUGUUACUGCAGUGAAGGAAUCUGGAGAAUGGAAUUUGGAGGCUGGCGCUUUGGUGCUGUCUGAUGGAGGGCUGUGUUGUAUCGAUGAGUUCAACAGCAUCAAGGAACACGAUAGGACCAGCAUUCACGAAGCCAUGGAGCAGCAGACAAUCAGUGUAGCCAAGGCUGGUAUAGUGUGCAAGCUAAAUACAAGGACCACCAUCUUGGCAGCAACUAACCCCAAAGGCCAGUAUGACCCCAAUGUGUCUGUAUCUGUAAAUGUAGCCCUCAGCAGCCCACUGCUGAGCCGCUUUGACUUGGUCCUGGUGUUGCUGGACACUAAGAAUGAGGAGUGGGACCAUAUCAUCUCCUCCUUUAUACUCGAAAACAAAGGUGCACCCAGUGUAUCUGCCAAAUUGUGGAGCAUGGAGAAGAUGAAAACAUAUUUCUGUCUCAUUAAGGCAUUGAAGCCCAGAAUGUCUGAAGAAGCCAAUGCUAUCCUAAUUCGAUAUUAUCAGCUGCAGCGGCAGAGUGACGUCAGAAAUGCUGCCAGAACCACUAUUCGCAUGCUAGAAAGCUUGAGUCGCUUAGCAGAAGCUCAUUCAAGGCUGAUGUUCAGGGACAUUGUGACAGUGGAAGAUGCAAUCGUUGUUGUUUCAGUCAUGGAAUGUUCAAUGCAGGGAGGGGCUCUUCUCGGUGGUGGGAAUGCACUGCAUACUUCUUUUCCAGAGGACCCAUGUGAGCAGUAUAAAAUGCAAUGUGAGCUUCUCCUUGAAGGAUUGGGGCUGCAACAUCUUCUCAGUAAUGAGCUGGAACGCCUUAAUAAGUUACAGAAUAAUUGUGCCGGUCCUUCUAAACAAACAGAGACUUCUGUCCAUGAAGAAGGAUUACAUGAUAAUUCAACUAUUCAAACAGUAAAACCAUCUGCAACAGAAUCCAAGACAAACAGCAGCUGUGAACAUGGUCUGGAAUGGUUCAUCUCUUUGAAAAAUAGAACCGAGACAGAACCGAAUAUGCAUGUGUCACCAAUACAAAAGGUGCCAGAGGAGGGUUACAAUGAGAAAACUUCAACUGAAUCAGGUGAUUCACUUCAUAAUAACAAGAGCAUUCAGGAUCUGUCAAGUAGCAACACAGCAGUAAGGACAGCUCUAAGUGAUAGGUUGGCUGCACAAGAUAAACUGGCUAGUUCUGUUGUCAAAGAAAGCAUUGGUUCAAAAAAGGACAGCAAUACAACAGCCACAGAGUAUGUUGUAACAGUAAAGGGUUCUAAAAAUCUACACAGUAAGAGGAAGAAAAAGAUCAAACAUCUUUGUCAGGAUACAGAAAGCCAUGAAAAGACCACUGAUUUAAAAUCGGACCAUUCUGGUUUAUUUGACCAAAGUCAUGAUGGAUCAGGCUACCCCUCUUCUGCUGACAAGAGGCUUUCACACAGCACACCGCUAAGAUGCGUUCCUUCGGUGAGAAGAAAUAAGAAAGCCCAGAUUGACCACACUGCAGGUCCUCCUGCACCAGAUACUGAUGAGAUCCCUGACUUUCUCCGGUCAAAACUGAGUUGUUUUGUGUUUAAACCAAGAGAGAAAUUGUCUUAUUCUGAUGAUUGUCAUAGUGUAUGUAAUAAGCGGGAUCAGUUAUUACAGAAACUAAAUGGUAAUGAUAUGGGUCAUGCUGACACCACUGAAUCGAGGGGAGACCAAGUGAAAAGCCACGCACCAAGUGACCCCAGCAGAGGUGUGGUGUCCGUCACUAAAUUAUCAAAAUUUGGUAAAUUUUCCUUUACGUCCCCCACAGAGGAGAAAUGUGUUGACCAAACCGUUGUUAAACAACAAGGGCAAGCACAGGUGUACAUGGGACAAAAUACAGACACAUACAGUACUGGUAGUUCAAGAAAAAGAAAAUCAUUUCAACUGGGUUUUGCUGAUCCAAGAAAUACCAUAUCAAGCAAAGCUCUCUUUUGCUCUUCACCGCUGGAUGAUGAAGCCUUAGAUGUUGACUGGGAAGAAGAAUUCAGGAAAAAAUGAUAAUUACAUCAGUGUGUGCUUGGAGAUUUAUGACAAGUCUGGAAGACUUUGUUUGUUUCUACUUCAGACCAAGAGGUACAUACCAAAAGUCUGGUGUGUACACUUGGCACAAUUUGAGGGCUACUAAAAUGUAUGUACAUUUUCAAAAUUGAACGAAAAUAAAAACUGAAUAAUGUAAUGCAAAUUUUACUUUUCUUGUUGGGUUCUUGAUAGGCGUUAUAAUCAAUACAUUUAACAAGCCUGUAAAGGAAAUAUCAUUUUGUAUACAAGCAUUUGAAGUAACUGAAUUUUUGUUGUAUUUUUCCAUUAAAAAAGAUUCUUCAAACUGCUCAUAAAUCAUAGUACUGUAUUUACAUAAAGGUAGCCAGAUUCCCCCAAGAGACUACGCUGUGUUUCUGCUCAGUGAACUGAGCAUGGAGCUGCUGUCAAGGUCACAGAAAAGCCCCAAGGAGUUCUUCACUGAGGUUUAUGUCAAGAACGUAAUGCGUGUAGAACAGGGAUUUUCAUUAUAGGCUCAUUGGCUGCACUUUCUUAGCACAGGUAAGAAUGGUUUUUGCUUUUACUGACUAACUCAUUUUGAGUCAUGAUAGUUGAAGUAUGUUUAAAUUUUAACUGUUUUAACGUGUCAGACAAUUGCAAUAACAGCUGAAAAUACUGCUUGGAAUUGUCAAACCAUGAGUUCUUACUUAGUCAACGUCUGUUUUACCUUUCACAAAUUAAGUGUGGCAUUGAAUUCAUUAAAAUGAGGCAUGACUUGCAUGUCAGAAUCUUUAAACCUUUUUUGACUAAGAUAAUGAUCCUUUGUGACAUUGUAUCUUAUUUUUUUAACUUUUUUUUAAUAGAGCAUGCACUGUACACAGUUAAGUAUUGAAUGUUCAAGGAACAAUAUUGUUAUAUAGAGAGAACAAUUACCCCCUGCCCCGAGUUAUUAAUACAGGAGACAUGGGUAAUAAUGUUGUGAUCGGGUAACAUGAGCAAUUAACUGCUCACUUCUACUGUGGAUGAAGCAAGGGUUUUAUCAAUUAUGAAUGCAAAAUAUCAAUGUUAUUUGCACCUAGCUCAGUCAUAUAUGGAGUAAGUCAUAUUUACUGUACAUCUGAAUAUAACACUGCUGCCACUUUAUAUUGUAUCUUGUUUUCUGUAACUACUUAUGACCACCUGGAUGAUAAUGCCAAAGAAAAUACAAGGAUCUAUUGUGGUUAGAAAAUGUUUAAAUUUUUAAAUAGACCCUUGUUUGACAAAGGGUUUUGUUGGUUUUCAUCAUAUAGACCUCAGCUAUGGUAUUCAUUCAGCUAUAUAUGUAUUUUUGGUUUUGCAUUAAACUCCAGCUCACAACUGAGACUACUGUUUGCCCAACGCUUUCAUUUUGAAAAACAAUCUUAAGAUCUCCCACUAUAUAUAAGGAACAGCCUUCUCUUAAGACCAUUUCACUUCCUUUUUAAUGGUCUUAAUAAUUCCAUAGCACAAAAUGGCGAUUUAGAGACAGGAUCCGUCAAGUAUUUUACAUCAACACAGAAAAAAAAACUGAAUAAAUAACAAUGCGAGGCAGUGCAUUAGUAGGAGUGAAAGAUAAAUGUUCGAGUUCUGAAAUUAUACUGCAGGGACAAACAAUGCCUGGUGGAACAUAUGCGAGUCAUUCUAGAACUGUUAGCGAUGGUCCCAAGUGAGUACUUAAAACACAGGAAGGGUUACUUUUCUGUAGCUUCUGGACUAAAAUAGUAUUUUAGACUCAAGGGCAAAAAGAUACGGAGUACAUUUUAAAGAAACAAAUAUUAGUGAGCUAAGCCGGUCGUUUUAUGAUAAUUAAUUGAAAGGCAAGUGCCAGGUGGCUUUUAUAACAAGGAAUGUAAUCUUGUUCAGGGAAAUCCAUUGGUAGUUUUGUCAGGGUAUUCCAAAUACGAUGUUAUGAAAGCUUAUCAAGGCAAUCAUCCACAGCUCACCCUCAGUAUCUCUCUUCACAUGUUAAAACUGUUACUGUCCUACUGAAUUCACUAC